AUGGAACGAAAAUGGACAAAUUUAACACUUCGAGGAGUGAACAAAAUCACUUUCAUAAAGACUGAUGGCAUUGUAAACAUUAUUCUUUUUACAGCAAGUGUGAUGAAAUCUCUACACAUUCCUAAAGGAGUUCGUCGCGUUCUUUUCAGAACUUUAAACACAGACUGGCGCCUUAUGUUUCAAAAAGAGUUUGAUUCUAGCUAUGUGGGAUUCAUGGAGGAUGGUGCUCAAUGGUUGAAAGAUAAUACAGACAUCAAGCUUGUUGGUGUUGACUAUUUAUCUGCUGCUGCGUUUGAUGACUUGGAUCCUUCCCAUCUUGUUUUCCUUAAAAGCAGGGAAAUUAUUCUAGUCGAAGCUCUAAAGCUGGAUAAUGUCCCUGCAGGAAUGUAUAAUGUGCAUUGCUUUCCUCCACAGUUGUCUAUUGCUGAGGGGGCACCUAUAAGAUGCAUUCUAAUAAAGUGAUGCUUCCACUGUGAAUCUCAAACUUGACGGAGCAUUUCCAAUGUGUGGAGCUGUGGACUAUGGAUUAGGGAUGGGUUUCUGGAAAUGGAAUGUGGUAAGGUUGGUAACUGAUGGUUGUAAGAGAUCGAAGAGAUUAUAUACGUUGUGCCACGUUACGGUAGACCUGCUAUGAUGAACAAUCAAGAUUUUUUAUUGUUUCUACAUAAAGCCAUCUACUGGCUAACUUCUGUGGAUGCAGAUUGGAUUAGAUUGAUCUUGUUUUUAAUCUAUUCCAAAAUAGUGGAUGCUUAAUUUGAAGUAAUAAAUAACAUUUUAAAUUGAUCAGAA